AAUUCCCGACUACCGGUUUCCCCGAUUCCCCUUUUCCUUAGCGACUCCAGGUCUCCGGCGAGCGAGUCAGACAGAUUCCUCCGCAGACAGCGUCUUCCGCCACAGGCCUCAUCCAUCAGCGCCGCCCUCCAGUCUAGCAUCAGGUAGGCAGCGGCGCCGCAGCAUCCACUCCUUCCAGACUUCCUGCCAAGGAACACCUAAACCUCCAGUGCUGAUUCCUAGAAGCAAUGGUUCGAAAGCGGUUUCACGAUGCUAAAACGGGGUUUGUGGCAUUGAAAUCAUUCCGCAAGGAGAAAAUAUUGGAGAAAAUCGGGCUAGGGAAGGAGGACCGCUACUUCUGGCAGCAAUUGAGCAAGGCAUUGCUGUGCACCUACACAAUUGCCGCCCUGGCAUGGGUUUAUAACGAGACGUCGCCGCUGGGGUGGUGGACCCUGAAACCUAAGCCCAAAGAAGAAAGGGAGCUGGCCCACCUCUAUGAGCGGCGAAGGUUUCCGUAUCCAGGGGAUGAUGAGGCCAUGGAAGAGUUCAUUGCGAAUGGGGGGAUGAUCGGUACAACCAUUGGGCCCAAGGGGCUGAUUGAGUCGGAUAAAGAUUCUUAUAACUAUGAGAAAGCAUUGCAGGACCAGAAGAUGGAGCAGGAGGCUCUCAAGCUUUGGGUGAGGAUGAGGAAUGAAGUCAUCUCUGAACUCCAGGAUAAAGGGUUCGACGUCGAGUAAGAUGAUGAGGUCGCUUUGCUAUACUCGUUGCUGUUUCUACAGGUAAAAUCUUUUGUGAUCUACUUUGCCCCUUUCUGAAUCUCAUUGACACGAUGGUCUUGUUUGGGAACAAUGUUUUGGGUAAUUUUAAAAUGGUGCUGAUUAACUUUGGAAAUGCUAAAGCUAAACGCCACCAUUAGAUAGCCUUUUUCAAAACGCUAAAACUAAUUGCGGAAGCUUUUCCCAAACGGGCACAAUAAAUGGCCGUAUUGGAAGUGUGUUGUGUUUUGUGAUCACAUAUAUGCUGGGCUUCACAAGUCACAACAAUACACUAUCGUUAUGUUUUACAUUGUUGGUUUUUUUUGGGAAAUAACAAUGGCAUUUCUCUCCAUGGCAAAGAAAAGAAACUAUCAAAU